AAAAAGAAAAAAGAACAGAAAAGAAAAAAAAAGUUGGGGGGUUUUAGGUUCUCUGAGAAUCAGGCUUCUCGAUCUCGAUUGUUCGAUCUAUCCCGACCUGGCUCUUUUUCCUCGUCGGGGAAUCAAUGGCUGGGCUCUCUCUAAAAUGCGAGGACUGUGGGGCCCACUUGAAGAGCGUAGAAGAAGCGCAAGAGCACGGUGAGCUGACAGGCCAUUCCAAGUUCUCAGAAUCCACAGAAGCCGUCCUCAAUCUCAUCUGUAACACGUGCGGGAAGCCCUGCAGAUCCAGAACCGAAAGUGAAUUGCAUACAAAGAGAACCGGCCAUGCUGAUUUCAGCGACAAGACCUUGGAGGCUGCAAAACCAAUCGAUUUAGAGGCUCCAAAGGCUCUGGCUGCAGAUUCAGAGGAGGGAACUGCUAGCGGCGAAAGUGAAACUCAAGCCCAGGAGAUGGCUGUUCCGGAAGUUGAUAAGAAUUUGCUUGGCGAACUCGAAUUGAUGGGAUUUCCAACGGCUCGUGCAACAAGGGCACUCCAUUAUUCUGGUAACACGAGCCUUGAAGAUGCUGUUAAUUGGGUUGUUGAACAUGAGAAUGAUCCAGACAUUGAUCAGAUGCCUAUGGUCCCUAUCAACAUCAAAGUUGAGGAUGGCAAACCAUCUUUGACCCCAGAGGAAGUGAAGCUCAAAGCACAAGAACUACGGGAGCGAGCUCGCAAAAAGAAAGAAGAGGAAGAGAAAAGAAUGGAAAGAGAAAGAGAGAAGGAGAGAAUUCGGGCUGGUAAGGAACUCUUGGAAGCAAAGCGAAUUGAGGAAGAAAAUGAAAGAAAACGUAUUAUGGCCUUGCGGAAAGCUGAGAAAGAGGAGGAGAAAAGAGCAAGGGAGAAAAUUCGUCAGCGGCUUGAGGAAGAUAAGGCGGAAAGAAGGCGAAAGCUUGGAUUAGCACCUGAAGAUCCUGCACCUCCAAAACCUGCUGCACCUGCUGUACAGGAAAAGCCGAGCGCAUUGCCCAUCAAGCCUGCUACAAAGGCAGAGCGCAUGCGGGACUGUUUGCGAUCUCUGAAGCAUAAUCACAAGGAUGAUGAUGCCAAAGUGAAGAGAGCAUUCCAAACUCUCCUUACCUAUGUGGGUAAUGUUGCAAAGAAUCCCGACGAGGAGAAAUUCCGGAAGAUUAGACUCAACAAUCCAUCAUUUCAGGAUAGAGUGGGCAGCUUGAAAGGAGGCAUUGAGUUUCUCGAGCUAUGCGGGUUUGCGAAGAUUGAAGGUGGGGAAUUCUUGUUCCUGCCUAGAAACAAGGUGGACAUGCCAGUACUGCACUCAGCUGGUUCAGAGCUGAAUUCUGCCAUUGUCAAUCCCUUCUUUGGAGUUCUCUGAGUUGUGUUGGGACCAUAGAUCCAUCAUCUGUCUCGUGGGUCCUUGAUAACAUUG